UUGAAAAGGAUUUGAAUUCACUUACUGCUAUGUUGCCAAAUUUUUAAGAUAUGUUUUUCAUAUGUUUUUUAACUGAAAAUUCAAAAAAGUCAUAAAUACAAAAUUUUCUAAAUACUUUUUGCCAAACAAAAAUAAAUUUCAUGGACGCCUCCCUGGGUUCGAAAUAUACCACCCUAAAAGACCCACCUCCCUGUAUUUAGGAAGUUUCAUGAGGAAGUCUGGCAUAGAACUCAUAGAAGUUUGAAAAUUCUGGAAAGCUAGGUUAAUACUCAUGGAAGAGUUGAAUUAACUAUCGAGUGUUUCUAAAUGUUAUCACAAUUACAAGUCAAGUUAAUUCGUGAAUAUUUAAAAACAUUUCAAAAUGACAUCUAAAAUUAUAUUUUUGUAUUUUGUCGUGCAGUUAAUACAUUUGGCGAGUAGUUUCGAAAAGGAAUUUACUGUGAGUAUAGAUCCAUCAAAAGAAGAUUGUUUUUAUCAUACUCUGAAAGCUGGCGAAUCUGCGGAGAUUGAAUAUCAAGUUAUUAGUGGCGGACAUGGGGAACUGGACAUUUCACUCAAUAUUUUAGACCCAAUAGGAAGAAUUAUUGUGGCUGAUUUUAAGAAAUCAGAAAACAGUCAUAAGAUCGACGCAAAAGAGAACGGCGACUAUAGAUUUUGUUUCGAUAACAAAUUUAGUUCCAUCAGUACAAAAACAGUAUUUUUUGAAUUGAUUGUUGAUAAUAGUGAAGAAGAUAAAUGGGGCUCUGACGAAAAUUAUAAUUUUGAUGGCAUCGAACCUGACGAGAUAUAUAACUUAAAAAUUGAAGAUGUUCAGGAGCUGGUGAACAAUGUGAGAGAUCAUCUAAAUAAAGUACGACAUUUACAGGACAUGAUCAAAUCAACAGAAGCUCGAGAUAGAAAUGUUGCAGAAGAAACCUUUUUUAAAGUAAAUACUUAUUCUAUGUUGACUUUAGUGGUGAUGAUUUUGGUCUGUUUAGUUCAACUUGUAAUGGUGAAAAGUUUAUUCGAUGAAAAAUCAAAGAUACAUCACAUUUGGUCGUAUAUUGAAAAGAUUUUACAUUAAAAAGUUUACUUUGGUAUUAAGUUUUUGAUUUAAAAUAUUCAACAAAGUGCCAUAAUAAUAAAUUUGUUUUAAGUAGGUAUUUGUACAAAAUUUUCUAAUAUACAAUUUUAAUAUAUUAA